CUUAACACUCAUCAACACAUCGCAGCUCACUUCUUUCUCCCAUAUUCACUUUCUUCAAUUCUCUGUCAGAAUUCCCAAUUAAUUCAACUCUUUGUUUGAUCAAUAUAUCAGCCUUCGAGUAUUCCAUUAGAAAUCAUAACAUGGGUUUGAAAGGUUUUGCUGAAGGUGGUAUUGCCUCCAUCAUUGCUGGAGCUUCCACACACCCUCUAGAUUUAAUCAAGGUCCGGAUGCAACUUCAAGGUGAAUCCCACAUCCCAAAUCCAUCUGCCUUACAAUCCUAUCGCCCUGCUUUUUCCUUGAGCUCUGCUGCCAACAUAUCCUUACCAACCACCUUAGGAGUCCCUCCUCCACCCCGUGUUGGACCCCUUUCCAUUGGUCUACGUAUCAUCCAAUCCGAAGGUGCUAAUGCCCUUUUCUCUGGUGUCUCUGCCACCAUACUACGCCAAACCCUAUACUCCACCACUCGUAUGGGCCUUUAUGAUGUCCUCAAACAUAAAUGGACUGAUCCGGAGACUAAUAACAUGCCACUUGCAAGUAAGAUAGUGGCUGGAUUGAUCUCCGGUGCUGUCGGGGCGGCUGUUGGUAACCCUGCAGAUGUGGCAAUGGUUCGUAUGCAGGCUGAUGGGCGUCUCCCUUUUGAACAACGUAGAAACUACAGGAGUGUUGUGGAUGCCCUAGGUCAAAUGUCAAAGCAUGAGGGUGUUGUCAGCUUAUGGCGCGGUUCAGGUCUUACAAUCAAUCGUGCAAUGAUUGUGACUGCAUCACAACUUGCAACAUAUGAUCAAGCCAAGGAGAUGAUUUUGGAGAAGGGUUUGAUGAAUGAUGGGAUUGGGACCCAUGUUAUGGCAAGUUUUGUGGCUGGUUUUGUUGCUUCUGUUGCUUCAAACCCCAUUGAUGUGAUCAAAACUAGAGUUAUGAACAUGAAAGUUGAGCCCGGAGUGGAACCACCUUACAAGGGUGCAUUAGAUUGUGCAAUGAAGACGGUUAGGGUAGAGGGUCCUAUGGCCUUGUACAAGGGGUUUAUCCCUACAAUUUCAAGGCAAGGACCUUUUACUGUGGUGCUAUUUGUCACGCUGGAGCAAGUUAGGAAAUUAAUUAAAGAUUUCUGAUUAUUACUUAUGAUGUGUUCAACUAAAAAUUCACGUAUAUUUAUUGAUUUAUUUGUUCGACUUCAAUUAUACAUUGGAAUCAAUAUGAUUUUUAUUCUCCUUCA